AUGACAGACAUAAAGAUACUUAGCAAUAUAAUCAACGACUUGUCUAAGCACAAUUUGAACAAUAGUAGUAAUAGUAGUGGUGGUAGUAGUACAGAUGUCUCUACGGUAGUAGCGGCAGCGGCAGCAGCUGCAGUAGCAUCAAGCUGUAAUCCACUAUUAUCAUCUUCACAAGAGAUAUAUCAAGACAAACAAACAACGAAAACAUCAACAACAACAACAUGUGAUAGAGUAGAAAACAUUAAUGAUUUACCAAAGUUUGUAUUGGUAGAGAUAUUCAAACAUUUAAAUUCAAAACUUGUUUGUCAAGACGUACCUGCAAACCCAUACUUUCACAACUUUUGUUACGAUGUCAAUAGCAGUGAAAGCAUAGCAAGAAGUAAACAAUACUUUAGCGAUCAAAAGAGCAGUGGAAACAAUAACAAUCAACAAUUAAUAACCAAACCAACAACAACAACAGCAACAAAUAAUAAUAAUACCGCUGCUGCUUGUGAUAAUGAUGAUGCAACAUCAUUUUGUAAAUAUUUAAACAAUGUAUUAAACUUGGCAGGAGUUUGUAAAUUAUGGGCCGACAAGAUUGUACCAAUUAGCAUAUGUGGAGUUGUCAAAAUAGUAUCGAGAAGACAAUUGAGCACCGUGCUCCGAUUCAUGACCGAUGGUAUUAUCAGUGGUGGCAGUAAAUGUCUCUUUUCAACCAUUAAAUUCCAUAGCAAAGCUGGUGCAAUCCCAACCUGCGACUAUAAGCUUCUUUUCAACGACGAGAUGACCUCUUUGAGGUCACUCUGCUUUGAUCGCGACCAACUAUCGUUUGCCGAUGUGGUCGUACUCAGCAAGUACAUUGCCAACAGCACAUCGUUGACCGUCCUCAAGGUGCCCAGCAACUUUAGCAUGUGUUGUCGUGCAUUCUACAGCUUUUGCGAUGCCAUCAAAAAGAACAACAGUGUACAGACACUUGACAUGAGUGCCAAUCCCAUGUCCCUUGAAAUGGUCAUGUCGCUGUGCGACGCUUUGACUGCCAACCGUUCCAUCACUCACCUCGACCUGUCGUUUAGCACAAUCGGUUCCAACGGCACACAUAUCGCCGAGGUCAUCAAAGUCAACAAUACCAUUAGAUCGCUGUUCCUCAUUGGCAACGAAUUGGACGACUGCGCAGUCAGUGCAAUCGCCGAUGCAUUACGUCACAAAAACACUUCCAUCACCGAACUAUCACUCUCAGAGAAUGAGUUUGGCGACGAUAUUGGUGCAAUGAUUGGCAAUUUGUUCAAACAAAACACAAUCAUCCAGUCGAUUGAUCUCAGCUGCAACCAAUUGUCCGAGAUGACUGCAUUGUCAUUUGCAGAGUCACUCGGUUCCAACACUACUCUUAGGUCGCUCAAUUUAUCCGACUGCUCGCUAUCUGAUGAGGGUGGUGCCGAUGACGAGGAUCAAUGCGUGCGUUCGCUAUGCUACGCUGGUGGAGGUGGACUUGGUGGUGGAGGUAUCGAGCUCUUCCAGACAUUGCAGAUGAACACCACCAUCUCACAAAUCGUUCUCUGGGGAUGUGACCUCAACAGCUCAGAUGCACUCAAAGAAGAGUUGUCCAACUUGCUCAGCACCAACACUGCCAUCCAAUCACUCUCAUUGGGCUACAACGAGCUCACUUCAGCCGAUAUUAUCGAUAUUGUUAAGAAUGGUCUUUGGCACAACAAGACACUCAAGUCUAUCCACCUCAACAACAACCACAUCGACUCCAAAGGUGGUAUGGUGAUUGCCGAAUACCUCUCGCAAAACACUACCCUUAUGGAGUUGUCACUCUACGACAACAUUGUCGACAAUGUUGGUGCCAUCCACUUUCUCAUUUCACUUGGCAAGAACCAUACUAUUCGCAAGCUCUGUCUUGGCUCUAAUCGUGUCUGCCCCACCAUCUCAUCGCAGUUCCGUCCCAUCGUCUCGUACAACCAACCGGUAUGUGCCAAUCUCAAAGACUUUUGGAUCCAAUCAAAACACAAAUUCAUGGCCGAAAGAACUCUCUUCCUCUCCAAAUAUCUCACCCUCCCAGGUGAUUUUUCUCUUGUCAUCAAACAAUUAUUUGACUUCCUUUUGGAAAAACAACCUCCAUCCUCUUCCUUCUCUACUCAAUUGGCUAUAGCCCCGACUCCAACCUCAACUCCAACCAAACCAAUCAAUAAUAACAAUAAUAAUAAUACUAAUAUUCAAAAUAAUAACAACACUAAUGGAUCAUCAGCUCAUCUAGUUGAUUCUCUUGUUAAGGAAAGCAAAACAACAGCUACAGUUCCAAACUAG